UUUUGCAUUCGUCGAAAUAACCCUGACUAUGUUUUCUGAAAGAAUGAAAGCUGUUUCUACAUAUGCGUUACUGUUUGUCAUGAUGUAUAUAUGUUUGGCUGAAUCGAAACAUAUAUGGAAGCCAUCCCCAGCCUCCACGACAACACAAGUUCCAGCUACUCGGCAUCGACGAAGCAGUCAAGGUAAAGCACGCGCUGCUGCCAUUGGAUAUGGUGAUCCUCAUAUGAUGACAUUCGACGCACAGGAGUACGAUUUUGAAGGUUAUUGUAGUUAUGUCCUCGUCAAAGAUUGUCUACAGAAGAGCUUCAAAAUAACAGCCGACUUCCGUGGACAGUAUGCGCCAAAUAAGCCCCCAACAAAAAUGGUAGCUAUUACUAUAACUGGUGAAGGAAUACCUGAAAUACGUUUACUGGAAGACAAUACAUAUUCAAUUGGUGGACAAUUGCACAACAAUACCAGGAAAACAGUGAAUAUCCAUCGCGAUUGGGGUUUCAUUACUGUAAGAGGUAGCAGACCUACAGUGAACUUAACUGGACUCAAACUCAUUGUUAUAUGGAAUGGAGGAACACAUAGAGUGAGGAUAAAUCUUGACAACACAGACAUGCACGGACACGUGUGUGGCUUGAUGGGAAAUGCUGAUGGAAAUCCUGAUAAUGAUUACAUCAAACCAGAUGGCUCUAUUGUUUAUGAUGUCAAUGAGUUUGGAAAUAGUUGGGCUGUACCUGGAAGCUGCCCAUAGAUGCAGAGUGGUGAGAGUGGAACUACAUACCCCAGUACAUCAUUUGGUUUAAUGGAACACAAGACCAAGUUUCAUGAUAAAUGUGGGCUUAACAUUGGCAUGUUCAUUUUAAAUCUAAUACUUAUUCUGUCACUUCUUUUGUCUUGUUUCAAUUACAAACGGUAUUGCAUACUAUUGUCAUGAACUAGUUUUCAUGUAUCUGUUGACCG